GCACUGAUUAUCCCGGAUUUCUCUCUCUGCUUCCCAGUGUCCUGCACCUUCAGCUGCACCAUGAAGUUCACGGUGCGGGAUUGUGACCCCAACACGGGGGUGCCGGAGGAGGAUGGCUACGAGGAUGAGUAUGUGCUGGAAGACUUGGAAGUGACCGUGUCCGACCACAUCCAGAAGGUUUUAAAGCCCAACUUUGCAGCUGCCUGGGAAGAAGUGGGAGAUGACUUUGAGAAGGAAGAGACCUUUGCCCUCAGUUCCAUCAAAACCCUCGACGAAGCUGUCAACAACAUCGUCAAGUUCCUGGGAAUGCAGCCCUGUGAGAGGUCGGAUAAAGUGCCGGAGAACAAGAAUUCCCACACGCUCUACUUGGCUGGUGUGUACAGGGGCGGCUGUGACGUGCUGGUGAGGGCCAGGCUGGCGCUGGGGGACGGGGUGACCAUGCAGGUGACGGUGAGGAGCAAGGACGAGGCGGCCGUCGACGUCAUCCUGGCGGCCGUGGGCUGAGGCCGAGCCGGGACCCGCCCUUGGAGAGGCCUGUCUUGUCCUUUUGCAUGUGGUUUUUAUUCCUCAAAAUCUGGGAAAAUAUUUUCUACGAGGUCCCAUUCUCGGUGGCUUGGCCGUUCCCACGUCCCCUUCCCUCCGUGUCCCUCGCACAUUCCCACUUAAUUUAUGGGAAGAGAAAAGGGGGGCGUGUGCAGGUGGGUGAGGAAACGGGAGUCAGGCUUUUUUUUUUUUUUUUUUCUUUUUUUUUUUUUUUUUUGUCCAAAAUCAGUUUUUAUUACCAGAAAAUAAACCCUGGUUGGAGCAGCGGGGUUCCUACGAAUCGCUGUUAAUAAAAUAGAAAUUUCUUGUUC